CAAGUGACAAAUACAACAAUACAACUGGGUGAUUCGAAGCGCGCUCUCACUGCCUUCGUUUCUUCUUUUUCCCCUAACUAAUAAUAUUUCACCUAAAUAACAGAGCGACAGGAAGAGAGGGAGAGAGCAGAAAUGGGUUCCUCGUCUCGUUCUCCUUCUCUUCUGCUUCUUUUCUCUUUGGUAUUUGCCUCCUCUCUGUUCCUCUCACGUGCCACUCACGAGACCACUCUCAAAGGCAUUGACUCCGAGAAUCCAGCUCUAGAUGUCACUCCGUCCCACUUUCAUGAGCGUGUGUUUAGCCAUGAUGGUUCUAAAGAUGCUUUCUUUUGUGAACGAGUUAAAGUUUCUGGUCACUUGAGAUGGAGACUCAGUAGGUAUGCUAGUUCAUUUCGAGUUACUUUGGCUCCGUCUGCACUAAUCCCAGAGAGAUUGCAUAGCAAUAUUCAGGUUUGCUUUCACCGGAAUGCUUCCCUUGGAUUAUGCCAGUGCGAAAAGGAUGAUUGGAGAAUUGUUCAGAAGGGGCUGUGGACAUCUGUUAUGUCUCCUUAUGAGGAGAGAUAUGUUGAUGUAAAGUUCAUUGGUGAUACUUCUGGAUCCGUCUCAAUUGCUGUUGAUGAAGAUUUACAGCAAUGGCGACUCAUGUGUCUAGCAGUUGGAUUUGUUUUACUAUUGCUGGCACCGAUAGUCAGCAGCUGGGUUCCCUUUUAUUAUAGCACUUCAAUGGCUAUUGGGGUUUUUCUUGUCAUUAUAAUCCUCCUUUUUCAGGGAAUGAAAUUGUUGCCAGCUGGAAGGAAGAAUUUUUUCUAUCUUUCCAUAUAUGGAUCAGUGCUUGGAGCUGGCACUUUUAUUUUACAUCAAAUUUCAACGCUGGUAAAUUCGAUUCUAGUCAACUUUGGGCUGAGUGAAGACAUGCACAAUCCUGUUUACAUAUUUAUACUAGUAGGGAUUGUUCUCACAGGAGCUGGUUUAGGGUUCUGGAUGGUGAGGAAAUUUGUAAUCUCAAAGGAUGGAAGUGUGGAUGAUGGUGUAGCACAGUUUGUUAAAUGGGCAAUGCGGAUUAUUGCAUCCACCUUUAUUUUACAGCAUAUCUUGAGUGAUGACUGCUGUAUGACCAGGUUUUCUUGCUUUCCUUUUCUUUCUCAGAGCACUCCUGAUACUCCUUUAGCAAUGGGCGCCUUGCUUUCUUCUUGUGCAAUCUGCUCUGUUACUUUGAAGUGGUGGUAUAAAAGGGAUCAAUCAGAUUCUGGGGGUGGGAGUGCUUGGCUCCAGCCUGCAGGACAGACAACAGCAAGAUUUCGACGCGCUGAAUUCCAUAGUAGGUCAGGAAAAAUGAGCCCCCAGGGGAAGAUGUGGAACAGUCCAAAAAGCUCAUCUGCUUGGACCAGCUCUCCUGUUAAAGGUGUGGUAUCACCAUCUUCUCACUUGGCAACAGUAGAUAAGCAGGAUCACUAUUCAACCUUCCACAAAACACCAAGACGAAAGAAGUUCACAAAGAAACAGUGGGAGGAUUUCACCAGGGAAUCGACACAUGAAGCCGUAAUGGAAUGGGCAGCAUCACCUGAAGUCACCAAUUGGAUCAUCAACAAUGCUGACCGUAUUCAACUCCUUCCAAGCAAUUAUGGUUCUGAAGAAAUGGUGGGAAGUGAAUCAGACUCCACAGAUGCGUCUGUUGCCGGGAGUGGCAAACCAUUUAGCCUUUUCAAUUGGUAGGGACUGGACUAGAAAAGUUAUAGUAGCAGUCAGGGAUCUGCUCCUUAGAUUGUGUAGAGAGGUGGCGAUAGUUUAGGAAUCUAGUUCGCUGCACCAUCAAGCAAUACCAACAAGCCGAAUGACAUUUUUUUUCUAGGAUUAGCUAACCAUUUGAUUAGCUGUAUGUUUUCAGAAUUUAAUCAAUGUAAUAACCAAAAGAUAUGCAAGGUAGGUCUGUAAGUAUAAAACUACAGUUCGGUACAGAAUGGAAUGCUAUCGUUAGUUCUUGAUUAUUUA